UUUUAUUUUGAAAACAGCAGAGAGGAAGCGGUUGUUACAGUAUCAUCUCCUUCACUGGUGCUACUAGCUAGCGCAUUUAAACAACAAUCCAGCCUUAAAGAAACACAUAAAGCACGGUGGCACCAUGCUGGUCCCCAUUUUCACUCUAAAGCUGAAUCACAAGAUUAACCCUCGCAUGGUGACAAUUGGGAAGUAUGAUGGAGUCCAUCCUUGCCUCACUGCAGCCACACAGGCAGGAAAGGUUUUUAUUCACAACCCUCACGUUCGUGGUCAGAGACCACUGGCCCACAGACUGAGUCAGAGCACCCAGGAUUCUGACAUCUCUCUGCUCAACAUUAACCAGGCAGUCACUUGUUUGACUGCAGGAACACUGGUGCCAAAUUCCACUGGGGACACAUUGUUAGUGGGAUCCCAGACCAACCUGCUGGCCUACAAUGUCCACGAUAAUGCUGAUAUAUUCUACAGAGAGGUGACAGAUGGGGCUAAUGCCAUUGUCCUGGGGAAACUUGGUGAUAUUGCAACUCCUCUUGCCAUAAUUGGAGGGAACUGUGCCUUGCAAGGCUUUGACUACGAGGGAAAUGAUUGCUUUUGGACAGUAACAGGGGAUAACGUCAGAUCUCUAGUGCUGUGCGACUUCACUGGGGAUGGAAAAAAUGAGCUCCUGGUAGGAUCUGAGGACUUUGACAUCAGGGUAUUCAGAGAGGAUGAGCUUGUGUCUGAGAUGACCGAAAAUGAGACAGUCACAUCGCUGUGUCAUAUGCACAGCAGCAGGUUUGGCUAUGCCUUGGCCAACGGGACUGUAGGAGUGUAUGAUCGCACAGCUCGUCAUUGGAGAAUCAAGUCUAAGAAUCACGCAAUGAGCAUCCAUGCAUUUGACCUUAAUGCUGAUGGCGUCGCUGAACUUAUCACUGGCUGGUCAAAUGGAAAGAUUGAUGCUCGUAGUGACCAUACAGGCGAGGUGAUCUUCAAAGACAACUUCUCCUCUUCUGUGGCUGGAGUAGUGGAGGGAGACUACAGGAUGGAUGGACAGAAACAACUUAUCUGCACCUCCAUAGAGGGAGAAGUCCGUGGUUACCUACCAGCCAGUAAGGAAUUAAAAGGGAAUCUCAUGGACUCCAGUACUGAGCAGGAUCUCAUGAGAGAGCUCAGUCAGCGCAAACAGAAUUUACUGCUUGAGCUACGCAACUAUGAAGAGAAUGCAAAGGGUGUGUCAGAGAAAAAUAGUAGGAUGGGUGUGAUUCCAGCUAACACUCAGCUCCAGACGGCUCUGUCAGUAAGAAGCGCUACAGAAGCCCAGAGGGCUCAUGUGGAGCUCAGCAUUUCUACACCAAAUGAAACUAUUAUCCGUGCAGUACUGAUCUUUGCUGAGGGAAUAUUCGAUGGUGAGAGCCACGUCGUCCAUCCCAGUGUCCGGAACCUAUCAGGAUGUGUCAGAGUCCCCAUCAUCCCCCCUAAAGACAUUCCUGUAGAUCUGCACAUCAAAGCCUUGGUUGGAGGGAAAACCAGCACUCAGUUCCAUGUGUUUGAAAUCACUCGCCAGCUGCCUCGUUUCUCCAUGUAUGACAUCACUGUUGAUCCCUCAGCUGCACAGCCCGCUGGAAGAGUCACUUUCAGCAUCAGUGACAGACCACAGCGGGUGGUAAUGUGGCUGAAUCAGAACUUCCUGCUUCCAGAGGGGAUUAAUGGUCCAGAUGUCAUGUUCAAUGCCCUACGAGGAGGAGGACUUUUGACCAUCAGCAUGGCCAGCAAUGGACAAAUUACUUUAAGAACGGACGACAUUGACCUGGCAGGAGAUCUGGUCCAAUCCCUGGCCUCCUUCCUUGGGAUCGAGGACCUAUCAGCGGAGGCAGACUUCCCCCACUACUUUGAGGAGCUUCGCACUACACUGACCGCGGUGGACGAGUUCCAUGCUGUCCAUCAGAGGUUAACUUCAGCCAUGGCUGAUCACUCCAACUACAUCAGAAACAUGCUGGUGCAGGCAGAGGAUGCUCGCCUCAUGGGAGACAUCACAACAAUGAAGAAACGUUACAGAGAACUGUAUGAUCUAAACAGGGAUCUGAUCAAUGAGUAUAAGAUCCGCUCCAAUAACCACAAUGCCCUGCUGACCUGCCUCAAGUCUGUUAACCAGGCCAUACAGCGUACGGGCAGGCUCAGAGUGGGGAAGCCAAAGAACCAUGUGAUCUCUGCCUGCCGAGAUGCUAUCAAGAGCAAUGACAUCAACGCUCUCUUCAGGAUUAUGAAAGCCGGUGCUGCCUCCUCCUGAGAGAACAGCUGCAGGAACAGACAGAUUGAGAGAGGAGGAGGAGGUUGCGCCCUCUGUUACAUCGAUCUACUGCCAGCGAGUUACUAUCAAGGAUGGAACAGACUUAAACAGAAGACAGUAGGAUGGAAUGAUGGGAACUGUGUCCAUGUUGUAGCCUUAAUCCACGGUUUCACUACAAAUUAGAAAUAAGGACUAGUUUUAAACAUCUCAGGAGCUGACAGAACUAGAACACUGACCGCACGGCCCCUCGCUGUCUGACCGAAGACCUCAGUGUAGUGUUAAAGAGUGACGUGUCACAGUUGGCGGGUUAGAGACAGACAGACCAAAGCAAUGAGUGGAGGAGUUCUUAAACUCUGUUAUAGAAGCUUCAUCCAGUAGAUCUAAUUUCUCUCUGUCAGCUGCCGCAGAGAUUAAUCGGUGGUUUUGUGUGAAAGCGUCAGUAGAGUUCUUACAGACUUAAACGUACACACACGGCGGUAUUCUCCUGCCGACUGCACACGUUUGUGUGAGAAAAGUAGACACUUGAGGAAAGUUGUGUAAACUGUGCUCCAGCAUGGGACUCGAGUGUGUGCAGAAUCGUACCAUCUGCUGAGGUGGUGAUGAUGGGAGAAAGCACAGCUGGAGUUCUUCUGAGAGUCCUGACAGGGAAGCAGACCGUGA